CUCUCUCUCUCUCAAUUGCUCCUCAUGCCCUUCAUCGGUUCAUGGAUGAAACCUCAAUGCCACAACGAUUUGUUGUGAUUGAUUUUGUUACUAGGGAUGGUUUGUUUCAAUCUCUGAUUUCGUGUUUCCUGUGGUUUGUUUUCUGUUUUUUCUAGAGGUUUUUGAUGAUUUUUUUCUGUUAGGAAUGAAGGAUUUAGGGAUGAAAACAAUGGCGAAGCAUUGAUUCUAUGCCUGUUAUCUUGUUUUUGUUGAUUUGAUGUCAUCCUGAUCUCCAAUACUAUGGUUUCCGGUGUUUUCCUCUUUUUCUGGGAUUUUUCUCUGGUGGAAUGGAGAAGAACAAUAUAAAACCGUGAUUUGUGAUCUCUGUUUUGAGAUCCUAAUUUAUUUUCUUGAUUUUUGGAUCUUUUUUGUGAGGGUUUUGUGUGUUUCUUGGGGUUUCUGUGGUGAUUUCUGGGAGGAAACCAUGAAAUUUGAGAAGCAAGAGGAGAGGGAGAUGGAGAACCUCUUGGAUGAGAUCCCUGAUGCCAUUGACAAGCAUAGCAUGCAUGAUGGAUUGCUCGGCGAUGACCUUUUUGGUGCCUCUGACUUCAAAUAAUUCAUUGUUAUGGCAAAGGUUUGUCGAAUCCCAUCAAUAUGUGCAUCACGGUGGCGAAGGCAAUGGCAAUGGCAAUGGUCACGCUCAUCCAGCUUUGUCGCCGGGCUCAUCGAGCUCCCUUUCCGGUAGUUUAUCCUCUGCCGGUGAAGACCAGAUGAUGGAUGAGCUUAGGUUGCUUAAUGGCUUUCAAAAGAUGAGCAUUGGAAGCAAACCAAUGAAUGCAUCGGCAUUAAGGAAAACCAAUUUCGAUUCAUCGAUGUUUAAGACUAGUUAUAGCAAUGUUGAUAGGAGGCAUUCUCCUGAUAAGGAUAUCGGAGCUUCACGUUGCCCUGUAUGGGCCUCAGGGGAGCAGUUUGCAGUGAAUGGUGGUUUAUUUGAUUCUUACCGACGUGAUGCUUUGAUGCCUUCUUAUGAUAGUGUCUGUACUGAACCCAUUAGAAGCAGUAACUUUGGUAGAGAGUUUUUUGAUAGGGGAGCUCAGAAUGUGUGUGGUUUCUCUUCUAGGCGUGGGUCUUUCACUGGCCAAAGCUUUUCAGAAUCAAGGAGGAAUUUGGUUGAUAAUAGAAGUGCAUUGGAUUCUCUAAUCUCUUCUUAUAGAUUGAAUCCUAAGCUGCAGUAUGAGUAUCCAAUCCAUGAUGGUUAUGUCUCUUGGCCUCCAUCUUCAAUGGAGAACGUGCAAAAUAUGGAAAAUCUUCAAAUUGAAAACAGUUUGAUUAUACAGGGUGAUGGACUGCAUUAUUUGCCUAAGGGAUUGAAGACGUCUCAGAUUGAUCACUGGCAGUCUAGAGGUGGUUUUGGGGGUACUGCUGAUAAUUGGCAUAAUCUUCGGCCGCAUUGUGCUCCUGUACAGCCAACUUCAUAUGAUCAGUUGAUGGAGAUCCAAGGUGGCAUUUACCACCUAGCAAAGGACCAACAAGGGUGCCGGUUUUUGCAAUUGAAGUUUGAUGAGGGGAAAACUCAAGUUGACAAGAUAUUUGAUGGAAUUAUUGACCAUGUUUGUGAGCUCAUGUUGAAUCCAUUUGGGAAUUAUCUUAUGCAAAAAUUGCUGGAUGUGUGUACUGAAGAACAGAGGAUUAGCCUCAUCCUCGUACUCAGAAGAUAUCCUUAUCAACUUGUCAGAAUCUCUCUUAACAUACAUGGGACUCGGGCAAUACAGAAACUGAUAGCAACUCUCAAAACAAGUCAGCAAAUUGCUCUGGUGAUCUCCGCCCUUCAACCAGGGUUUCUCGAACUCAUCACAGACGCAAAUGGCAACCAUGUUAUAAAAUGUUGCUUGCAAUAUCUUGCCAUGGAGAACAAUGAGUUUAUCUUUGACAGUGCUGCAAAAAACUGCAUUGAAAUUGCAACUCAUCAACAUGGAUGCUGUGCCUUGCUAAGUUGCAUUACUGCUUCAUCCGGAGAACAUCGAAUGAAAUUGCUGUCGGCCAUUUGUGUUAAUGGACUUCUAUUGGCACAAGAUCCUUACGGAAACUAUGUUGUUCAAUAUGUUCUCGACCUGAAGAACCCAAUGAUUAUUGCAAAGUUGGCAUCUCAAUUUGAGGGGUACUAUGUUAAUCUCUCAAUACAGAAGUUUAGCAGCAAUGUGGUCGAAAAAUGCUUAAAAGUAGUUAGUGAAGAUCAUCGGGCAAAGAUUAUACUAGAACUAAUCUCCGUCCCCCGUUUUGAGCUGUUAAUACAAGAUCCAUUUGCAAACUAUGUCAUCCAAUCUGCCCUUCAAAGUUCUAAGGGUUCUCUCCACGCUGCUCUAGUGGAUGCUAUCCGUCCUCAUGCUUCCCAUCUCCGAACAAGCCCAUUCUGCAAACGCAUUUUCUCUCGUGCUCAAUUGAAGAAGUGAAGUGCAUUUUGAUUGUUGUUGAGCUGUGUUGUUGUCCUUCAUAUUUAACGGCACUCCGUAUCAUGUUUAGGCCUGUAGAAAUAAGCGGUUUCGCCUUCUUCUGAGCUAUGUAUCUUCUGUUCACUCUGUGUAUCACCUGUAGUACUCUACUCUGUUUGUCCAUAUAGUCUAUGUCGUUACUACUGUCAUGUUGUAGACUACUGUUGUUAGCUCCUCCAGUUCUUGUUACUCAGUCAGUCAGUGAUAUACUUUU